AUGCUAUUGCUAUUAUUGGUUACGAUAUCGGCUGCGUUGGCGAAUGCGGACGCGCAGCCGCCGCCGCAACCCCCGCCGCAGCAGCGCUGCCUCACCGGCUACAUGACCGACGUGCAAAGCUGGGUCGACGAACGCGGCAAGCUCACUGAGAGAGCACCGCGAGCAUAUAAGAUCGACGUUUCGUAUCAAUUCAACGCGAAGCUCAGGCUCCAGCAGCAACUGGAGGCCUUCUCCUGCGCCAACAGCUCCGUGCAGUACCUAAGCAUGGCCAGGAAUCAGUUGCUAGUGGUGCCAAAGAUAUUCAGCUUUACCGAUCCUUGUGACCAGCCUCUAUCAGACACGCUAGUCUAUCUCACGCUGGCUGGGAACUUCUUCUACACAACAAACUUCGAGAGGCCCAAGUUCGAAGAGCAAAUGAAUGCGACUAAUGCGAUGCUCGUACCUGCCGAGGUUGAUGGGUUUGUUACUGAAGUGUGGUCGUUCGGCUUCCGUGGGGUGAACUUUCAAAAUCUACGUGAAUUAGACCUACGGCUCUGCGGCAUCAGAGAAUUGAAAGAUUCCCCUUUCAAAAACAUGCCAAAACUUGAAAAGCUAUAUCUCGGGGAAAACAAUAUUUAUCAAAUCAAUGAAAACUCUUUUAACGGCGUAUCGAAUCUUAUUCACUUGGAUAUGAGCAGAAAUUAUGAAUAUAAUACAAAAGAAGUUUAUCGAGGCUUGUACUUUGGCGACUUGAAAGUUUUCUCUAAAUUGACACGAUUACAAACAUUAGAUUUAUCCUACACUAAGAUGCGACGAGAAAACCUCCUCGCAAUAAAAAAAUUAAGAAGUUUGCUAAGUUUAUCAAUAUGUCAGACGGAGUUGACAAAUAUGGAAGCGAGCUGGCUAGCGGGUACCUCGGUCAGAUAUUUAGAUGUGUCCAGAAAUCAUAAUAUAUUUAAAGACAAGAAAGCUUUACGAGGAGUUAGGUCCACUUUACAAGUAGUGUAUGCUAACGACAUCGCUCUAAGCAGUCUGGAUGUUUUUGAAAAUUUUCCUUCAUUGGAAAUAUUACUAGUGUCGAAAAAUGAAAUCGCAGCAAUAAAGAAGAAAAUAGCUAAAAGCCUUACUAAUCUCCAGGUCUUGAUUGUGGACAUGAACAGACUCACGACCUGGUUCAGACCAACUAUAACUCUGAUGCCAAAACUAAAAUUCUUGUCUAUGAGAAACAACAACAUCAACUUAAUUUCGGAGGAAAUGGAAAAGGAUUUCGAGAAUUUAAGGUACAUUGGUAUUUCUGGGAAUUUUGUCGUGUGCAACUGCAAUGCGAGGGAACUAUUUUUGAUAGCUUUGAGAAACGAAAAGAUUCUACCAGACGAGUUUAUUUUCCCAAUUAAUAAUACCGGUUAUAUAGAAAGUGCAGUAUAUCAUACCGGAUUUAGAGACAUUAAUUAUUUGAUAUCAAAUAGAAAGAAGGUCGAGUCGGUUUGCGUCAACAACGAGUGCGAGGAAGAUCUCAUUUCCAAAUCUUCUGGAAAGUUUCACUUGUUUGACUACGACGACAGCUCGUACAAGUGUCUGCUGGCGGUCGAAGGCAGGAACACUCCCUUCGCUGCGGUACCUUCCUGCGGCGCGCGCACUCAACACGGUAUCGAUGAUGUCAUUUCGGAUACUCUGAACAAAUUAUACUUUUUGGUUAUACCUCUGUGUAUAUUACCACUUUUUAUUUUUGGAUAUGUUUUUAGAAGAAAUAUCAGGUAUUUCUUUAUAACUAUGAGAAAUUCUACAAUGCUAAGUUUGAUCAAUAAUGAAGAUAUUAUAGACGAGAACACGAUAUUCAACUACGACGUGUUCGUGUCUUACUGCCACGAGGACCGCGGCUGGGUGCUGGACCAGCUGCUGCCACACGUCGAGGUCGACGCCAACGUCAGCGUCUGCCUGCACGAAAGGGACUUCAUGGUGGGCUUGUCAAUCCUCGAGAACAUUGUUUCGUGCAUGGAUCGCUCGAAGACUAUUCUGCUGAUCCUCUCGCAGAAGUUUCUGCUGAGUCAGUGGUGUCAAUUUGAAAUGCAUCUUGCGCAGCACAGACUGCUUGAGACAAGACGGGAAGAUCUAAUAUUAGUGCUCCUAGAAGAUAUCCCCCGACGGAUGCGGCCUAACACCUUGCACUACUUAAUGCUGACAAACACGUACGUCGUCUGGCCAAAGGAAAAGGCUGAACAAAUUGUAUUCUGGAGAAGACUGAAUAAGAGUUUACUUGCACAUAAAUUGAGACAAACGAACAAUGAUUCCAUCGCAUGAUUGAAAACAAAUACAAUAUACA